AUGAUGAGCGGGCCACCUUCGUGCCCCAAGACGAGCUGCGGUACUUCAUCCCGCAGGAAGGCAGGAUCACGCAGCUACGGCAGCAGGCUGAAACCGUAGAGGCCGAGUUCAAGCCUGACGAGGAGGAUGAAGGCCAAGCAGACGAAAACCAAGCCGGCGAUGAUAUGCCCAACGCGACAUCGCUGUCCGAGCUUGGUGGGGAGGAAGAGGCUCUGAAGUGUGUCCAUGGUCGCAAGCUUCGCUAUCACUGCCAAUGUGAGCCCUGUUGGUCGGGUGUCAGCUGCGACAAGAAGAUGAACCGCGGCCCUGACGUCCGACAGGAAUUUGAGCCUUUGGUGGCUCAGCGGGCGGCCGGAGCACAGCAGGAGCUGGCAGUGCAAGGCUGCCAGCUACAUACAGAUCUGCGCUACCAGCUGGCGCGCAUCACCCUGAUUCCGAUCGGUGAGUCUUCAGAGGCAAGCUCAGAAGUCGGCGGACCGCACUUUGGCCCCAUGUCUUGGCUUCUUCCCUGGCUCAAAGGUUCGAAGUUUCGGGUCUGCUCUUACAAGCGUCCCAUGGUGAGCUCACUUCCCAUCAUCCAACAGUCCAGCAGGGGCCAUGUCGGCGCCUCAACAGAGGCUGAUUCUGAAAGCUGUGCGCGGGGCCGUCGGAUUCUGGUAACCGUGGCCACGCCCUACCUGCUGGUGAUAGGUAGCGCGCGCCUGGUGACUUCGGAGUGGUUUCUCCAUUUUGAAUAUACUCGCGCGGGAUUUCCGAGAGAACCCUAUGGCAUGACCCCGGGAGAGCGGAAGCAAUACGGGGUCUAUUGCAUCCGCUACAUGACCAACAACGAGGGGGUGGACUACCUCGGAAACUUGACGCUCCCCUUUGAACUCUGCCUUGAGCCCGGCAUGCCGCCACCUGGUAAGCGUCCGCCUGACCAAAAGCCAGGGGAGCCCUGUCGUAUGUUUAAGGAUCGAGAGCUGAUGCAUAUGCAGGACGUCAAGGCCGUCUCUGGUGCGCUCUUUACGUGGUUUUGGGGGCUUGGAAUCCUCACCAUGCUCAGUGCAUACCUUCUGUUUCUUGUGGAUCCGAAGCAGGUGUGCUGUGCCCUGCUUCGAGGGAGCCAGGCAACCUUAGGCAUCAUGUUGGCCAUCAGUUGCUUUGCUGUAGUUGGAUUUGCGAGGCUCUUCCGUCUGUUCCACAAGCUCUUCUUUACGGGCGCGUCCUGGAUUUUCUCGAAGUGGGACACGCUGAUUCGCCUGUACCCACGUCAGUUCUGGUUGGAUGCCACGCUGACCAUCGCCUUCCUUACCCUCAGCUCCGCACUGUUCAUCCUCUGCCUGGUGCGGCAGCCGCACCAGAAAAAGAAGAUCGAUCACUGCGAGAUCUGA